CUGUUGAGCGUGUAAAUUAACUAGAAAAAAUGUCACAGAAACGCAAUUACAUCAAUCAACUACCAGAUGAGGUGCUGUGCAAGGUGUUUGAUUACCUGGAACUGGAGAGUGUGAAAAAUGCGUCGUGCACAUGCCGACGAUGGAACGAAAUCAUCUUCUCAAACCCAUACGUGGACAGGUUUAUCCUCAGUGUAUGCAUAAAGGAUUUAAAUGUAUAUCCUGAACCAGUAAUAAGUCCCGAAGAGAUUCAGCAUGCAAUUGUCAACACUACACUGACUUAUCCCGAGAUGCUCCAAAAAAAGCGCAAACAGAUUAGGCGUAAUUUCUCGUUUGGUCAGACGCGAGAUAAGCGCGAAAUUGUUCUAAAACAGCUGGUGAAGACAAUUACCAAAACGAAGCGCCACUAUCGCAACUUGUCCUGGGAUGUAGAUGAGUUCAUGUAUCGCAAUUUUCGUCGCGUAUGGCAGGCUAUUCACCCGAAAUUCACAAAGCAUCUGGUAUUAUUCCAGAUCUCCUUUAUAGAUACUUCGUUGUUGUUUGUGUACGAAACGCUUGCUAAGGCUAUACCACUGAUGUCCAAGCUUAAGGAUCUACUGCUACUGGAAGAAUGCGAAGAAAGAUAUGAACAGGAUCAUACCCUCAUGUUUCGAAGCCAAACGGUCGAGACUCUGUCGCUGGACUUCGGCUAUACAUCAUCUAUUGAGAUGCCAAAGUUGCUAUAUUAUGAGGGUGCGCUUAGCACCCUUCAUCAACCAACGAAGGCCGCUGAGUCGCAUGUGUUUAAGCGGAUGAAGCAUCUCACAGUAACGCAGAAAGGCGGAACAUCAACUGAUCCAUCGGUCUUUCUUCGAAUGCCGAAUCUAGAGACAGCUACCUGGAACUUUCGUUUGGGGCACUCAGUUUUCAUUGCAAUGUGUGAAGCAUGCACUUUUCUGGAAGAAUUGUGUUUCAGUAAACAGCUGUAUAUCCAGCACAUUGAUGCUUUGCAGCACUUGUAUAAGCUUGAAGAUCUUUAUCGAUUGGAAUUCUACGACAUAGAGCUUGAUGAUGAUCGCGACUUCAUGCGUUUCGGCUUGGACUUUGAUUUCUCGAAAAUGAUUAACCUUACUGAACUGGAUCUGGGAAAAAUGUUUGUAGCGGAUAGUACUCUGGAGCGCCUCCCUAAUACAAUCACAAAGCUUGGGUUAUGUGUGCAUAGUACCAAUGAACGAAGGCAGAUAGAAAUCAUCACACGCAACUUAACGCAGCUGACGGAACUGCGUUUCGGGUAUAAGAUGGAACGAGCUGCACCAUCACCGGAAGUCCUAAAAUCGUUGUCCCUACUGGAGCAUCUAGAAGAGCUAGAGUUUUGCCGUUGCCGAUUCACUAAACGCACGUUUUUUGAAAUGGAUGCCCCAUUACAUCGCCUGGACACUCUACGUUUCAAGGAGUGCCAACUGGAGACGAAGCAGCUUCUCGGACUCCAACAAAAGUUCCCUAGCCUGGACGAACCGGAAUUUGAAGAUUGCGCCAUUAACACAAAUCCUGCAAUGUUUUACGACUCGUUGUCCGACGGGUCUCUUUCAGAAAUGGAAGCAAUUGACUCCAGUUCGCCAUAUCGUGGCUACGAAUCAGAUUCAUCAGACUUUUAAUUAUUGCUCUGAAUCUCUUUACUAAUGUAAGGCGUUGAAUUUAGAGCAUUCGUACAGUAAAUGAACUAAACCCAAAAUCGAAAUGUAUCAAGUGGCUUGAAGUUCUGAAACAGAAAUAAAAUAAAAAUCAUCACAGCUCACUAGCAUACUAGUACUAAGUAC